AUGCCUGAGCCCGUCGGUGACAUUGGCCUCAUCGGGUUGGCCGUUAUGGGCCAAAACCUCAUCCUCAACAUGAACGACAAGGGCUUCACCGUCGUCGCCUACAACCGUACCACUAGCAAGGUCGACCACUUCCUUGCAAACGAGGCAAAGGGCACCAAGGUCCAGGGCGCAUGGUCCAUCGAGGAGCUAGUUGCCAAGCUCAAACGUCCCCGCAAAAUCAUCCUCCUCGUCAAGGCUGGCUCCGCCGUUGACGCCUUCAUCGACCAGCUUAUCCCUCACCUCGAGCCCGGCGACAUCAUCAUCGAUGGCGGUAACUCCCACUACCCCGACUCCAUCCGCCGCACAAAGGAACUCGAGGCCAAGGGUUUCCUCUUCGUCGGCUCCGGUGUAUCCGGUGGUGAGGAAGGUGCCCGCUACGGUCCUUCACUCAUGCCCGGUGGUUCUCCCGCGGCUUGGCCUCACAUCAAGGAGAUCUUCCAGGCCACUGCCGCUCAGGUCAACGGCGAACCCUGCUGUGACUGGGUCGGUGAGACCGGUGCCGGUCACUACGUGAAGAUGGUCCACAACGGUAUCGAGUAUGGCGACAUGCAGCUGAUUGCUGAGGCGUACGACAUCCUCAAGCGCGGGCUUGGUCUCCAUGAGGACGAGAUCGCGGACAUCUUCAACACCUGGAACAAGGGCGUCCUCGAUUCCUUCCUCAUCGAGAUCACCGCCAACAUCCUCAAGUUCAAGGAUGACGACGGCGAGCCCCUCGUCACCAAGAUCCUUGACCAGGCUGGCCAGAAGGGUACCGGAAAGUGGACCGCCAUUGCUGCGCUCGAUGCUGGCAUGCCCGUGACCCUCAUCGGCGAGGCCGUCUUCGCCCGUUGCUUGUCCGGUCUCAAGCAGGAGCGUGUCCGCGCUAACAAGGUCAUCGCUGGUCCCCAGAAGGAGCCGUUCAAGGGUGACAAGAAGCAAUUCAUCGACGACCUCGAGCAGGCCCUCUAUGCGUCCAAGAUCAUCUCCUACACCCAGGGCUUCAUGCUCAUGCGUGAGACAGCGAAGGAGCUCAACUGGAACCUCAACUACGCCGGCAUUGCACAAAUGUGGCGUGGUGGUUGCAUCAUCAAGUCUGUCUUCCUUGGCGAUAUCACCGCUGCGUACCAGAAGAAGGGUGAUCUCGAGUCGCUCCUCUUCGACGACUUCUUCAACAAGGCCGUCCACAAGGCGCAGCCCGGCUGGCGUCGCAUCAUCGCGCAGGCCGUCCUCUGGGGUAUCCCGACACCGGCGUUCUCUACUGCGCUGGCGUUCUUCGACGGCUACCGCAGCGAGGUCGUCCCCGCCAACAUUCUCCAGGCGCAGCGUGACUACUUCGGCGCGCACACGUUCCGUGUGCUCCCUGGCAAGGAGAACGCCAAGCUCAAGGCCGGCGAGGACAUCCACAUCAACUGGACCGGGCGUGGCGGCUCCGUCUCCGCGUCCUCGUACUCGGCGUAA